AUGGAAGUUGACUCCAACUCCCAUGGUCUGGGAAUUCACCCAGGAAGUCUAACAGGUCUUCUUGAGCUCUCCUUGGGAAAAUUCAGAAAUGUGCUACUUAACAAGACCAAUCCAGCGGAAGCUGUAAUCAGGAACAUUGCAAGCAAUGUGACUGUUGUUAUUUUUCAAGUACAUGCUCAGCAAAGUGAUGUGGUGAUAUCCUUUGAUAAGAAUCCAUCUGUGAACAGCUCAGGCACUGGAGUAGACAAAGGACUGGUUUCCAUCCUUCGGCCCCAACAGAGCGUAUGUACAUGGUACCUUCGGUCACUGGAUGCUAGCCAGGUGCUCAGCACAGCUAUCUCUAUUCCCUACAUGGAGAAAGAUCCUAUUCCUGGAGGCUGCAACCUAGAAUUUGAUUUGGAAGUGGAUCCAAAUAUUUACAUAGACUAUACAUUGGUUGAUACACACAUCAAGUUUGCGCCUGCAAACUUGGGAUAUACCAGAGGAGCAAACCCACCAUCCUGUGAUUCAGGGACUGGUCAGAACUCCAGAUGGCGACUGCGCUAUGAUGUCUACCAGUACUUCUUACCGGAGAAUGAACUUUCUGAGAUGGUACUCCUGAGCCACAUACGAAAGAUGUCUGAGGUGCAAAGUAUCAAAGCUAAUGGCAUUAAAAUGCUUACACUGACAACUGAUGACAAGACCAAUGUCUACUUUUCCUCACUUCCUGGACAAGGUGUGAUCUACAAUGUCAUAGUAUGGGAUCCUCUCUGGAAUACAUCUGCUGCAUACAUACCUGUGCAUACAUACGCUUGCAGCUUUGCUGACCUAGUGGAUAACUGCUUUUCUCUCAGCAAACUCUCUACCAAAAUAUUCUUCACUGCUCUUGCUGUUCUUGGUCUUUUCACUUGCUUUUUUGGGCACCGAUUCUGGAAAACAGACUUAUUCUUCAUGGGCUUCAUAUUCGCAGGAUUCUUCUUCUUUGUAUUCAUUACGAGGGUAACUGGCCUUGGUUAUGAUGUGCGUCUGAUUUUGACAGCAGUAUCUGGAAUUACUGGAGGGCUUUUUCUAGUUGCAAGCUGGUGGAGAUUUGGCUCUGUCCUACUCUGUAUGUUUAUUAUUGGACUUGUGCUGGGAUUUCUGUUUUCAUCGACGGUCUUCUUUACUCCGCUAGGAGACUACAGGGUCUUCCGUGACGAUGUUGUGUUCUGGGUGACCUUUUGUUCUGUAGCAUUGAUGAUUCCAGUGCUUUUUGUUGGCUGUCCAAGAAUUCUGAACAUACUGGCUUCUGGAAUAGUAGGCUCUUACGCAGUGAUCCUAGCUAUUGCUUGUUAUGUCUACACAAGUCUUGCUUACAUCACCUUAGACCUUCUCAGAAGGGUCCUCAAUGAUUACUUCAGCAGAGCUUACACCAAUGUGCCUUUUCAAACAAAUGACUUCAUUAUCCUGUCAGUGUGGACAAUGCUGGCCCUCAGCGGAGUAACUGUGCAGCUUCGCCGAGAGAGAAGCGAAGUGCCCUUCCCACCACACCCCUAUCUCAUCUGGAAGCGGGAAAGGGAGCGCAGAAGCACCAAUGUCUUAGACCCUAGCCACCAUAUCCCUCCCCUAAGAGAGAGGAUCCAUAACAAGCUCAUGCAUAUCAAAGAGUUUUUUCAGAAAGAGCAGCCGGCUGGGGAAAGAACUCCGUUGCUUUUGUAA